AACUGGCUGCUACUCGUUGGUAUGCAAAGAGCUGGGCGGUUCUACUAGUGGGCAGCAACCAAAAUAACAGGUAGUCCAAGUUGUUUCUCACCGUCCAUGAGCCUACAUGCAGGUGAGAGCAGAGAGCAGCAAACAUUAGCAUUGCAAAGCAGGAGAGAGAGGGAGAGCACCAUCUGUCUAAGCAGCAACAGAGAACUCAACAGGUAGAGAGAGAUCCAGCGGGUCGUACAAAGCUAGAAGUGCACUGCUAACGCUGGGUACACACUGCAGGAUAAUUAACGUAAGCCAGAUUUCCUGCCCAUCUCUGUCUACUGAAGCGCCAAAGACCCAGGACACCCAAGGUCUAAAAAUGUUGGGUGUCAUAGAAGAAUGGAGGGAAGACCACAACCACGUGGACAACACAUCGCGGUACCUGUUCCUCCUUCUGUUCAAGUUUGGCAUGGACACCACCAUUCUGUACAUCUGCUGGAAUAGACUGCACACCUUCUUCCUAAGUUUGUGUGGCCUGUCCAUCGUCCUGGCGGAUGCGGUCAUGUUGUUUGCGUUGACCACGGUGUGGUUCCUCCACCCAUUGAAGUCCCCCGUGUCAGUCUGCUUUGUCUUGGCCCACUUUUCUAGUGUCUUCUCCAUGCUACCACUGCCGAUGCUGGGCCUGGGUCUCUUGGACUACUUAUUUCAUGACAGGUGUUUGGCUAACCGAAGGCCUGUCAUUAUGAAGCUAACAAACACAGCAAUGGCCUUGCUGGUUUGGCUUGUGGCUGCGGUGUAUUCCUAUGAAGCGACGAGGAGCAGCCCGAGGGAAAUUGAACAUUUUGGAGGUUUGAAGGCUCUAGUGUGUGAAGUGCAGGAGAGCGGCACGGUCAAUCUCUUUGUUAUUAGUCUACUUAUAGUGACAAUUUGUGCAUUGCUGCCACACUACACCAGCAUCUCUGCAUGGUACAGAAGGGCCAACAUGUUGUCUGAUCAGAGAGACAAACCACCUCACAUCCAGAAGAGUGAUCUACUGCGCAAUGCCGUCGGCCAGGAUGCUCAGGAAGAUGCCGCGGGGGAAGUCCAGACGACCCAUCAGCCGCCAUCUCUCUGCGUCAGCUUUAUGCUGGGCUUUGCUUCAGUAUGGCUGCCCUACCUCAUCAUAUCUGUGAUAUUUGUGCUCUUGGGCUUGGGGAUUCCAGCGUACAUAUUAGUCAAUCUGCUUUGGAUGGAAUGCACCAACAGUUUAUUAGUGGGUUUUGUGUUCUGGUUGAAGUGUGCAGAGUCAGGACAGUAUAAUCAUCUCCCAGACAAUAUUUGUAUGUGGCGCACAUACUUGCAUUUGAGCAGGGGAACACCUGUAUGUCAGGAGAACUUCAAUGCAACCAAAUGGAACCCAUCAGAAGGCCCUACGAACACAGUCUCCCAUCAGAUUGACCAAGUGGUGUGAGGUCACCACUAGUCGUACUACAUAUUCAUAUCUAAAGUCUGAUGGUUGACAAACUCAAAUCUAGGUGAACAAGGGCAUUUCUGGGGAAAUGGGGGGGAUUUCACUUUCUUUCACUAAAUAUUUGUUUUUGACCAACACAAACUAUAGUUUGUGGUUUUAAAGUGUAAGAAAUUUGUACAAAUUAUCGUAUCAACAGUCUAGACUAGAAGUCACUAUAUAAAGGCAAUUAAAAUCCUUUUGAAAGCUUCAUCCACUCACAAGAAUGAGGUUUCUUUGGUAGAAUAUCUCUGUAGCAAAACCGGAAAAACGGCGUAACUUAAGGUUACAGUUUUUGGUUCAAGGCUGGGCUCUGUGCCAUCUCCCUCAAGAGGUUUGGCUAAAGGGUUUGCAUACAACCACCUGAUGCCACGUUACAAUUUUAUUCAAAAAGCUUUAUGAUAUGACUAUUGUUUUGAACAGCAUUACCGAUAGAUUAUUAAUCUAUAUCUUUUGUACUUGAUGGAAGUUGAGUUUUGAACUUUGUUAUUGUAAUAAAAUUUAAGAAACCAAAUUGCUCAAAUGGUUGGAAAGAUCAAUGUCUGUUUUGUAUACUAUCAGUUUCAAUUUUAUUAUCUUAUUAUUAUUGUUGCAUAAAAAUGAAUGAAAUAAAGAUUGUAUUGUAUUAAACAUUAAA